AUGUAUAAGGUUUCUACUCUCCUGGCAGUGACGCUGCCCAGUCUCGUCUCGGCCAUCCCUUUGACGCAGAGAAGUACCUCUAGCCUGACACACGAUGCCUCAGUUGUAUCAAACCAGACAUUCGAUUACAUCAUUGCCGGCGGCGGUGUUACGGGCCUCACCGUGGCCAGCAAGCUGAGCGAGGACCCCUCCAUCAGAGUGCUCGUAGUUGAAGGGGGCUCCAACGACUGGGACGACGCCAUGGUCCACGACAUACGCACUUACGGCCAGGCCUUUGGCACCUACCUCGACUACAACCUCACUUCAACCCCCAUCUCGUGGCGCAACGGGGAGACCUUGCCCAUGAUUGCCGGCCAUACUCUCGGUGGUUCGGGUUCCAUCAACGGCGCGAGCUGGACCAAGGCCCCCAAGUCACAGUAUGAUCUGCUGCCGCUGGUCACGGGUGAUGAGUCGUGGGCAUUUGACAGUUUCAACGAGAUUAUGCUGUCGGCCGAGAAGUUCACUCCCCCCACGCAAGCCCUCACCAGCAAGGGUGCCAACUACGUGCCUGCCUACCAUGGCACCAACGGCAACGUCUCCGUCUCGUUUGCACAGGGCAUUUUCAGCAGCAUCCAGCUGCCAGCCAUCAAUGCCUCGCAAAUGGUCUGGGAGGGCCUUGAAGUAGCGGUUGAUGCUGCUAGCGGCGAGGUCAACGGCGUGACAACCAUCCCCAACAUGGUGCAGCCAGACGAGAGCGAGACCCGGGCGUCGCCGUACGCUUCCUGGAUCAAGGGCACUGCCGAUACGCGACCCAACCUCGUUAUCCUCCUCGGCCAUCGCGUCGUCAAGCUCGACUGGUCCAGCACGGAAGAAGGCGCAGACCUGGUCGCCUCGGGCAUCCAGUUUCAGCAGUCCCGUUCCAGCCCCAUUCUCACUGCCCACGCAUCUCGGGAUGUCAUCCUCGCGGCUGGAUCCAUGCAGAGCCCACAACUCCUCGAGCUAUCUGGCGUAGGCGAUGCAACUGUUCUGGCCAACGCCGGCAUCCCGCUCGUCAAAUCCGUCCCCGGCGUGGGCAAGAACCUGCAGGAACAGACCAAGAGCAGCCUGUACUACACGCCUAUCUCCACCGCCUGGAACGGCACGGGCCCCAGCACCGCUAUCGCCUUCCCGAACGCCUGGCAGCUGCUGCGGUCCAACGCGUCGGCCGUCUACAACGCCACCAUCGCCAGCCUCCCCGCGUACGCAGCCCAGCUCGCGGCGUCCGGCUCUGUCGUCAACGCGACCGCCACGGCGCAAAUCAUGCGCCUCCAAAUUGAGAGCCUGUUCGCCAAUAAUGAGCCCGCCGCCGAGGUCUUCUGGACCAUCGAUACGGCUGGGCAGACGGUCGGCGCCGACAUCUGGAACUUGAUCCCGCUGGCGCGCGGCACUGUGCAUGUGCAGAGCGACAAUUCCUGGGACCAGCCUGCGAUCGACGCGGCCUAUUUCGGACACGAGCUCGAUACGACGCUACAGGUGCUGGCCACGCGGCAGGCACGCGAUGUGUAUGCCGCGGAGCCCUUGGCUAGCAUGGUGAGCGGAGAGAUCACGCCCGGGUUGGAGAGAGUAGCGCUAGAGGCCGACGAUGCCGCGUGGACCGAGUGGGUAAAGAGCGAGUUUACGAGUGUGUGGCACCCGGUUGCGACGCUGAGCCGCAUGGCAGAGCAGGACGGCGGUGUGGUAGAUGAGAGUUUCCGUGUAUACGGAGUGCAGAAUGUGAGGGUUGUGGAUGCGAGUGUGCUACCGGUGCAGCUGUCGGCUCAUCUGAGCUCGAGUUUGUACGGCAUUGCGCUCAAGGCUGCAGGCAUCAUUAGGGAGGAUCAGUGA